AUGACAGGGAGACAUUUGUUUUCCCAUUUUACUAAAACUCUUGUAAUUUUAUUUUCUGUUUAUGUGUACGAUUAUUGCAAAGAUGACGGGUGUCUAAAUAAAUCAAUCGUAAAUGUGCAAAAGUUGAAUAAGUCAUCAAGAUCAAAAACAAUACGAUUGUUAGCAAGGCUUGAUCCAUUGUCUCAAUCAAAUAAGACGAACUUAAAAACUCCUCCAAAAGGGGCUGAUUUAAAAAAAAAAGAAGUGAAACCACCCAUCACAAAAAAUCAACCAAAAGGGGCUGAUUCGAAAAAGAAAGAAGUGAAACCACCCAUCACAAAAAAUCAACCAAAAGGAGCUGAUUCGAAAAAGAAAGAAUUGAAUCCACCCAAUGCAAAAAAUCAACCAAAAGGAGCUGAUUCAAAAAAGAAAGAAUUGAAUCCUCCCAAUGCAAAGAAUCAACCAAAAGGAGCUGAUUCAAAAAAGAAAGAAUUGAAUCCUCCCAAUGCAAAGAAUCAACCAAAAGGAGCUGAUUCAAAAAAGAAAGAAUUGAAUCCUCCCAAUGCAAAGAAUCAACCAAAAGGUCAUGUCGUAAAAGUAGCACAGAAAAAAGCAAUUGAUAUAAAAGAAUUUAUAAUAACGGAAAUACAGGAAACAAUCUCACAAAUAAUGAAAUUGAAGGAAAUGCCUCCACAGGAAUUGUUACAACUUAUAUUGGUCUCAUUAAAGGAAAUGGCCAUGUGUAUAGUUCAAAUUCUAAGAAAUAUAAUAAUGGAAUUAAUAAAUUUUACAAUUGAUAAAAUAAAUAAGAACAAAGAGAAUUUAACUAAAUUGAGGAAUCUAACACCAAAGGAUAUAAUGGAUUAUAUAAAGGGUAAACAAAAUGCCAUCACAACCGAAUUACUUAAAAUGAAGAAAAUGCCGCCUAAGGAAUUAUUGGAUUAUAUUAAAACAAAAAUUUUAAUUAAGUGUAAAAAAAUAGACGCUUAUUGCGAAAGCCGAAUAUUUUAUAGAAUUGAUAAUUUAGAAAAAAUGAAAGAAGAAAAGAUUAUUAAUCAAAGAAUUUAUUUGAAGGCAUUAUUCAAAAACAUUUUUUAUAUAUUUUCUGUACCUCUAAUAUUAUAUGGAACAGCAUUUGUUAUUUAUAAAAUUCAAACAAAUACAUUUUCAAAUAAUUUCUUAAUAGCUACUUCUGUAGUGUGCCUAUUAAUGCUUUUGUAUAUAUUCAUAAAACUCAUGAAAAGAGAUAUUUUAAAAGAAGGGACCGAAAAACCGAAAUUUAAAGAUUAUACUAAGGCUGCCAAAAAGUUAAUUAUGUAA